AAGCGGGAGGCGCGAGGCGCUUUUCCUCUGGUGGGGUGUGAGGGCGCGCAUGCGCCAGGAGCGAGGGGGAGCGUCGGACGGUUGUCGACCGAAUGCCUCUGCGCGUGCGCGCCGGGAUCUGACGCGCGCGGGGAGGAGCACUGCGGCUGCGCGCGCGGAGGCUGCCGGGACUGUGCUCGGGCGCGCGUCCGCACGGCGCACGCGUAGGAGGAGCCCGCGAGGGGCGGAGCGGAGCGCUGACUGAGGCGAGCGCCGCGCGGAACCGAGCGCUGCACCGCGGCGGCCGGGCCCGCACCCCGCUCGCCCGGCCAGGCAUGAUCGAGAUGGCCACGGACAAGGAGACGUUCCUCGUCCCGGCGCCGCCGCCCCCGCUGCUCAAGCCCCCAGCCAGGGGCGGGGCCGCCCCGGCGGAGGACGCGACACCCGAGGGCCGCGGGGACGAGACGCUCGCGCCGCAGGGGGGGCCGCAUCUGUCGCCGGCGGCGGAGGAGGACGCGGCGGCCCGGCAGCCGCACCCUCCGCCGGGCGGACAGCGCCGGGAAGGCGCGCCCGGCCCGUUGCCCGAGGAGGAGCCGGCCGCGGCGGAGCAGCUCCAGCGGCCCCGCAAUGGCUUCCAGGCGCCCCCGCGGGCCCCUGGCGGCGGGGGCAAGCGGCGCAACAGCUGCCACGUCGGGGGCGGCGGCGGCGGCGGCAGCAGCUUCAAGCACCCCGCCUUCAAGCGGCGCCGCCGGGUCAACUCGGAGUGCGACCCGGUGCUCCCCUCGGAGUUCCUGCUGGGGGGCAACAUCUUCGACCCGCUCAACCUCAACAGCCUCCUGGACGAGGAGGUCAACCAGGCGCUCAACGCCGAGACCCCCAAGUCGUCACCGCUGCCUGCCAAGGGCCGGGACCCCGUGGAGAUCCUCAUCCCCAAGGACAUCACCGAUCCCCUGAGCCUCAACAACGCCCAGGAGGACCCGCCGGUGCUGGCCUCCCCCAUCAAAGCCGGGCGCAAGCGGCACCGCCACCGGGGCGGCCAGCGUGCCCUGGGGAGCUCAGACGGGGGUGGCAAGCCCUCCGCCACCACAGCCUCCUGCCGGUCGUGCCAGAAGGCCUGCAAUGGGGCCACCCCGCAGCCCUACGAACUCAACACUGCCAUCAACUGCAGGGACGAGGUGGUCUCCCCACUGCUGCUGGAGGGCGGAGAGCCGCCGCCAGCCCAGCAGGCCUCGAGGAGCCUCACCCCGUCUUGCCCAUCCACAGCCUCUUCAGCAAGUGCCGGGAGCCGCCACCACCACCACCGCAAGAGGCGCAGGACUUGUAGCAAGUCGGAAGGGGCCGUGGGCCGGCAGCAGGGAGCCAGGCACCCCUCCGGCGAGCCGCCCGGCCGAAGCAGCCCCGAGCAGGGGCAGAGCGUGCCCCGGGGCCGCCACCCCCAGGCCUCGUCCGCACAGCCGCCGCAGCCUCGCCGGCAGCUGCAACACAAAUUCCAGUACGGCAAUUACUGCAAGUACUACGGCUACCGCAACCCAAGCUGUGAGGAUGCCCGGCUGCGGGUGAUGAAGCCGGAGUGGUUCCGAGGCCGAGAGGUGCUGGACGUUGGCUGCAAUGUGGGCCAUCUGACCUUGAGUGUGGCCAAGAAGUGGGGCCCUGCCAGAAUGGUGGGGGUGGACAUUGACGGGGCCCUUAUCCAUUCGGCCCGCCAGAACAUCCGGCACUACCUUUCUGAGGAAGAGGUGCUUCAGCCCCAGGACAGUCACGGCAAUGGGGAGGGGGGCGCCCCAGCCAGGAAGACCUUCCCUGCCUCUCUCACGGCCAGCCGGGGCCCAAUUGCUGCGCCGAGGGUGCCUCAAGAAGGGGCGGAUGCGACGGUCUUCCCUAACAACGUGAUCUUUGUCAAGGGCAACUACGUCCUGGACCGGGACGAGCUGCUGGAGGCCCAGAAGCCAGAGUACGACGUGAUCCUCUGCCUCAGCGUCACCAAAUGGGUGCAGCUCAACUGGGGCGAUGAGGGGCUGAAGCGCCUCUUCAAGCGCCUCUACCGCCACCUCCGGCCAGGCGGGAUCCUCCUCCUGGAGCCCCAGGCCUGGUCCUCCUACAAGAAGAGGAAGAAUCUGACGGAAACGAUAUGCAGGCAUUACCACCGGAUUAAGCUGAAACCUGACCAGUUUCCUUCGUACCUGACCUCCUCUGAAGUGGGUUUCUCCAGCUACGAGUUGGUGGCCAUGCCCAGAAACACAUCGAAAGGGUUCCAGCGCCCCAUCUAUCUCUUCCACAAGGCCCACCACGGAGUGCGCUGAGGAGCGCCAGCCCCAGGCCGCCCCCUUCGCUUUUCUGGGUCUGCCACGGCUGCGUCUUGGGGGAGGCGGCCGGGCCAGCCCCCACCGAUGAAUGUGGAGUCUUCUGAAGGCAGAGGGCGAGCGAGGUACAAAUUGGCCCACCGUGGAUUUUUUUUGAGCCCAAUGGAGCUGGCCCCAGAAGCACCUUCCACCGGCUUCAGCAGAGGGCCCUGAGGCAACACACCUGGGACUCUCUUGCAGCACAACCGGGCACCUGAUGGGAUGGGGAAAAUGCGGCACUGUCUGGAGGCGGGGUGGGGGGUGCUCAGGAAAAGGCAAAGCGGCUCUGCCUGGGAUUGGGCCUCCUGUUGGCAGGCAAACAGCGAAGUGAGAAGAGUUUACCUCCCUCGAAAGGGGCCCCACCAGGCUGCCCCCCUCCCAGCCAAUUGGCCUCCCCUGAAAUUUAUGCUGGGGGGGUGGACAAUGGUGUCUCUCCCCCCCCCCAAUAGCUUUGGGAGUGUGGACAUGGCAAACUGAUGCAACUUUAGGGCCUCUCGUUCUUUGCCCGGUCCCUAACUUGACUGCAUAACCAUCUCAUCUCUGGAAGGGUUGUGCUUCAUUGAGCCUGUAGUGGGGGUGGCGGGGGGGGGGAGAGCCCCCCGUUUGGAGAAAGAGACAGUGCCGUCUUGAGAACUUCAAGCAAGUUUGGAGGGCUCAGCUGAUCUCUGUGAGGUCCCACAAAGCCCUCUGCCCAAAUAAACUUCCUUGUGUGUGACUGGAGUAACAACAUGGAACCCACCGCUUGCUGGCUGUGACCUCAGAUGAAGAUGCCCCCCCCUUCCAGUCCUGAGCUGUCUGCCUUUUGGAGGGCCAGAGACCCCCCCCAACUGUAGUAGUAAGGUGAUCUUGUUUGAACGGAGUUUUAUCUUUUAAAAAAAAGUUGAUUAUAUAUAUAAAUAAAGCCUACAGAUUAUUACCA